CGUCUCGCCGCAAGCAGAUCGCAAAGCUUCGUUCAGACGAUGCACUUCGGGAUCUGGCUGAGAUAUACAAGCUAGUCCUGCAAGCUCUGCAUACUUGAACACUGAUCAUCAUGCGCACAGAUUAGCGGCGGUGAGAAUCCUUCGUCAAUCGGUGUUCUCCGUGUCUCCUGAAGUGCAUCAUCUCCCAGUUUACGACCAUCUGUUAUGUCUUCACGAUUCCCACGUUCUUCGCUUCAUCAGCGCGAUCCCCGCGCCUCCUCUUCUCUCUUCGAUUCCUACGGCGGUGGUUCUCGACCCGCCAGCCGCUCACCGGCCAGCGUGGGCGGAUAUAGUUAUGGGAGCUACUCUGCCUCGAAUGCCGAUGGGUACAUGAACGGGGCUCCCACAGGUGGUUUCCGAAAGGCCACCCCAAUGCGAAGUGAGGGCCAAUAUUCCGACGCAGUCCUCGACCAUCUCGAAUCGCAGAAUGACGCUCAGGUCGAGGGUAUCAGUGCGAAAGUCAAGAUGUUGAAGGAUCUUACACUCGCCAUUGGCGAUGAAAUUCGCGAUACAUCUACCAUCUCAGAGUUAAAUGAUGCAUUCGACAACACUCGCGUGCGCCUCCGUGGUAACAUGACUCGCAUGCUCCGAAUGGCCGAGCGUACGGGUGUUGGCUGGCGUGCAUGGCUGGGUUUCUUCCUGGCUGUGUUCCUGAUCUUCGCAUACGUGUGGCUGACUUAGGCCCUACAUCGGACGAACUGCCUACAAUCGGUAAUUCUUGAUACCUCAACCCUGCGACGUUUUCGCUCGCCUCCACAAGCACAGUGCACUCCCCCAUGUACCCUUUGGCCUACGUCUACAUAAUAAGUCAUACCCGUGGGCAUACAUAACUUACUCCCUAUAAUGUCCUCUACUUCACUGCUGCAUAGUCCAUUCUGUGGCGUUCUCCGGCGUUGUAUGUUGCACUGUGCCAAAGCCAUACUGAACACUAUUGUUUUCCACCAGUCUGUUAUUCUUUCCCCCGGCAAUGUCAUGUCACCACCCUGGCGCAUGAGUUGAUAUGGUCUUGAAGUGCAUAAGGGUGGCUCAUGCUAUUCACGCGAAUACUGUAAUAUCCUGUUCGCACGACAUGUAUGUAUAUAUAAUCUCAUUGGGUAGGAGCAGAACUAGACGGGAAGUUUUAUCUUAU